AUGGAGAGACAGAUACAGAUUAUGCCUCCACGAAGAGCUGUCAGAGGUCGUCCGACUAGAAGAAAUGUUGAACCACAGGAACAAGGGGUACCUAAUGCACCGGAACUCACGUGUUGCAUCUCAAGUUUAUACAGAAAGCUUCUAGUCUAUGAAUACUUUGAGAAACAAAGCCUCGACAAGUGGCUUCACGGAAAGAAAAGAGCAGCAUCACUAGGUCAAAGUAGUACCCCGGCCCUGGAUUGGCGAAAGAGACUAAAUAUAGCCAUUGGUGCAUCUCAAGGACUAUGUUAUAUGCACCAUCAUUGCACUCGACCAAUCAUUCAUAGAGACAUUAAGUCCAGCAAUAUCCUUCUGGACUCAGAAUUUAAUGCAAAAAUAGCAGAUUUUGGACUAGCAAAAAUACUAUCCAGGCGGGAUGAUGAUCCUGAGACAACUUCAGCUAUUGCUGGAACAUUUGGUUACAUUGCACCAGAGUAUGCCUUGACAUCCAAAGUGAAUGUAAAGACUGAUAUCUAUAGCUAUGGAGUGGUGCUAUUAGAAUUGACAACAGGGAGAUAACCCAUUCU